UUAAGGGGUUAUUCAAGGGCUUAGGAGACGCUCUAGAGUGUAUUUUGUUUGAGAGAAAGAUGGUUAGGAGGAGGAGAUUCUACAUCGGUUGGAGAGGGGAAAUAAACAUGGUUUAUAAGUGGGUGGAUACCUCUCUCUAUCAGACACGUUUUUAAAACCUUGGGGGAUGCUUAAAGAGAAAACUGACCAUAUCUGCUAUCGGUGGGCUUGAGCUCUUACAUCUAGGUUUGGCUGGUAUGGGUCCCGGUCGUUUUCGGUGCAUACAAAUUGAAGGGGAUGGAUGAUAUGAAGUAUAAGGUAUAAAUUUGAAGGGGAUGGAUGAUAUCAAAUAUGAUCUGCCAAUUGGAUGAACUCACCAUAUUCUCUGCAUUUAUAAUCUUUGUCUUCUCCUUCCUCUCUUAUCACCUGCUCUGUUUUCCCCAAUUCCAGUUCCAAUUCUGAUUCCGAUUCCACUUCAUUAUGAACAACCACCAAUCUCCGCCGCAAGAUUCCGCCGUAAUCCCCCCCCAAUUUGGGGAUUCCGAUCACUGUUUCUGGUUCGACGAUUCCACCAUCCUCGACAUCGAUUACUUCGUCAAAACCCUAGCCGGAAUCAACGCCAAAGGCGUUCGAUCCGAUUUAGUCGCCUCUCUCAUAACGCAUUACGCUUCCAAAUGGCUUCCGGAUCUCUCCGACGAGCCUCUCGAUUCACACAAUUCCUGGUUGAAUUUCACUAAUUCCACCGAUUUUCAGGAAUCGCCGGAAACUAUCACCAAUUCCUGGAUGAAGAAGAGAUUCUUCGUUGAGACGUUGGUUGGAGUAUUGCCGCCGGAGCGGGAUUUGAUUCCGUGUAAUUUUUUGCUGAGGCUUCUCCGGACGGCGAAUAUGGUGGGAGUAGAGCCGCCGUACAGGGUGGAGCUGGAGAAGAGGAUUACUUGGCAGUUAGAUCAGGCGUCGUUGAAGGAGGUCAUGAUUCCGUCGUUUAAUCAUACGUGUGGAACGGUUUUGGAUGUGGAAUUGGUUAUUCGACUUGUGAAGAGGUUUGUGAGCUUGGAUGACGGCGUUAGGAGCGGCGCCGCCUUGGUUAAGGUGGCGAAGUUGGUGGACUGUUACCUUGCGGAGGCGGCAAUGGAUUCCAAUUUGGGGUUGCCGGAGUUCGUUGAGCUCGCCGGUGCUCUACCAAGCCAUUCUCGAGCCUCCGACGAUGGGCUCUACCGAGCCAUUGAUACCUAUCUCAAAGCACAUCCGAAUGUAUCAAAGCAAGAAAGGAAGAGUGUAUGCAGAGUAAUGGACAGCAGGAAGCUAUCAACAGAGGCAUCACUCCACGCAGCUCAAAACGAGCGCCUCCCAGUCCGAGCUCUAAUCCAAGUCCUCUUCUCCGACCACACCAAACUCAACUACCGCCACCCCGACUGGAGCGGCUAUAUCGGCGGAGCACGGAGCCCCUCCACCCCCCUCGACCACCUCCCCACCAGGUGCCAAUCCAAGAGAGAAACAACAGCCCAACAGAUGGAGAUUAAGAGGCUCAAAGACACGGUGCUGAGGCUGCAGAACCAGUGCAAUCUAAUGCAGGCUCAAAUGGAGAGGCUGUCCGAGAAGAAGAGGGGGUUUUUCAAGUGGAGGAGGUUUGGGUUUAAGAACGCCGAGGAGACGGACAAACUUGAUGCCCGCGGCGGAGAUGUGGUGGAGGAUGCGGCGGCGGCGGCGGCGGGGUUUGGGGGACACACGCCGGUGGACAUUAAAGCCAAGUUGGUCAAACGUAGGACGCCCAACAAGACAUGGAGGAAAUCUAUGUCUUGAAAAUGCGUUUUCUUUUAUCUAAUGUAAUCUAACCUAACACUCUCUUCCAAUUUUUAUGCAUUAUUAUUAUUAUUAUUA